CUAUGUUUGUGGGAGAUGAAUCGGAAACUGGCGCUUGGUGUGACACCCACUGAGCAGACAGAGCAGCGGGGGCUGAACGGUUGGAGGCAGAGAGUGCUGGCUGUGUGUUGGAAUUAUCCCCAAAGUGAUGUGUGUGAGGUGACAAACAGCAUGUUUGGUGCUUCAAGGAAGAAGUUUGUAGAGGGGGUUGAUGGUGACUACCAUGAUGAAAACAUGUACUACAGCCAAUCAUCGAUGUUCCCACAUCGGUCAGAAAAAGAUGCAAUGUUGCAGAAGUGGAUCUUAGAAUGGGACUUCAAGAGAAGGAAGAUGCUGGCAUCACCAUCAACAUCAGGUCAGCUGUCUCAGUUUGGGGCAAGUUUAUACGGGCAACAAAGUGCACUAGGCCUUCCAAUGAGGGGAAUGAGCAACAAUACCCCUCAGUUAAAUCGCAGCUUAUCACAAGGCACUCAGUUACCGAGCCACGUAACGCCAACAACAGGGGUACCAACAAUGUCACUUCACACGCCUCCAUCUCCGAGCAGGGGGAUAUUGCCUAUGAAUCCUAGGAAUAUGAUGAACCACUCCCAGGUUGGUCAGGGCAUUGGAAUUCCCAGCAGGACAAACAGCAUGAGCAGUUCAGGGUUAGGCAGCCCCAACAGAAGCUCUCCAAGCAUAAUAUGUAUGCCAAAGCAGCAACCCUCUCGACAACCUUUUACUGUGAACAGUAUGUCUGGAUUUGGGAUGAACAGAAAUCAGGCAUUUGGAAUGAAUAACUCCUUAUCAAGUAACAUUUUUAAUGGAACAGAUGGAAGUGAAAAUGUGACAGGACUGGACCUCUCAGAUUUUCCAGCACUAGCAGACAGAAACAGAAGGGAAGGAAGUGGCAAUCCAACUCCAUUAAUAAACCCUUUAGCUGGAAGGGCUCCCUAUGUUGGGAUGGUAACAAAACCAGCAAGUGAGCAGUCCCAGGACUUUUCAAUACACAAUGAAGAUUUUCCAGCAUUACCAGGCUCCAGCUACAAAGACCCAACAUCAAGUAAUGAUGAUAAUAAAUCUAAUUUGAAUACAUCAGGCAAAACAUCAUCCAGCACAGAUGGGCCCAAGUUUCCUGGAGAUAAAAGUUCAACUACGCAAAACAACAACCAGCAGAAAAAAGGGAUCCAGGUGUUACCUGAUGGUCGGGUUACCAACAUUCCACAAGGGAUGGUGACGGACCAGUUUGGAAUGAUUGGCUUGUUAACAUUCAUCAGGGCAGCAGAGACAGAUCCAGGAAUGGUACAUCUUGCAUUAGGAAGUGAUUUAACAACACUAGGUCUCAAUCUCAACUCUCCUGAAAAUCUUUAUCCCAAAUUUGCAUCACCUUGGGCAUCAUCACCUUGUCGACCUCAAGACAUAGACUUCCAUGUUCCAUCUGAAUACUUAACUAACAUUCACAUUAGGGAUAAGCUGGCUGCAAUAAAACUCGGCCGAUAUGGAGAAGAUCUCCUGUUUUAUCUCUAUUACAUGAAUGGAGGAGAUGUAUUACAGCUAUUAGCGGCAGUAGAGCUAUUUAACCGGGAUUGGAGAUACCACAAAGAAGAACGAGUAUGGAUCACCAGGGCACCCGGAAUGGAGCCAACAAUGAAAACCAAUACAUACGAGAGGGGAACAUAUUACUUCUUUGACUGUCUUAACUGGAGGAAAGUAGCUAAGGAGUUCCAUCUGGAAUAUGACAAAUUAGAAGAAAGGCCUCAUCUGCCAUCAACCUUCAACUACAACCCUGCUCAGCAAGCCUUCUAAAGACUUCCCUUUUCUUGGGGUAUGGCUGUCUCAGCACAAUACUCAACAUAACUGCAGAACUGAUGUGGCUCAGGCAUCCUGGUUUUAAUUCCUUGAGGAUCUGGCAAUUGGCUCAUGCGAAGGGUCACCAUUUGAGGUCCUGCCUUACUAAUUAUGUGCUGCCCAACAACUAAAUUUGUAAUUGUUUUUCUUUAGUUUGAGCAGGGUCUGAAUUUUUGUUUUUGUUUUAUUUUUGCCAGCAGACAAGCUUGGGUCUGUAAAGACAAGCGAGUACACUGACAAAAGUUUACCACUUAGUUUUCCAAAAUGUAAAAAGUCGAAAGAUAAGAAAAAAGACAAAAAAUUAGACAACAAAAUUUGCAUUGUUCAUUGUAGCACUAUUGGUAAUAAAAAAUGUUUGUGCAUUUUUAUGUGAAGAUCCUUCUCGUAUUUCAUUUGGAAAGAUGAGCAAGGUUUGCUUCCUUCAUUUUACUUCCCCUUCUGUUUUUGAAAGGCAGUUUUCGCCAAGCUUAAUGCAAGAAUAUCUGACUGUUUAGAAGAAAGAUAUUGCCACAGUCUCUGGUUAGUUUCCAGAGUUGUGUAUUACUGAGCUUCAUCUUUCCAGAAUGAGCAAAACACUGUCCAGUCUUUGUUACGAUUUUGUAAUAAAUGUGUACAUUUUUUUUAAAUUUUUGGACAUCACAUGAAUAAAGGUAUGUAUGUACGAAUGUGUAUAUAUUAUAUAUAUGACAUCUAUUUUGGAAAAUGUUUGCCCUGCUGUACCUCAUUUUUAGGAGGUGUGCAUGGAUGCAAUAUAUGAAAACGGGACAUUCUGGAACUGCUGGUCAGGGGACUACUUUGUCGCCCUGUGCACUAAAGGGCCAGAUUUUCAGCAGCCAAGGACAUCCAUACCCAAGUGAAUGUGAUGGGACUUAAGUGAACUGAGACAAUUCACUCUGGCUGUUUGAACAGCAGCGUUUCAUAGGAAGAGAAAAAAAAGAUCAAUCUUGUAUUUUCUGACCACAUAAAGGCUUCUUCUCUUUGUAAUAAAGUAGAAAAGCUCUCCUCACUGCA